AUGGUAGACAGGCUAGUGGUUUGCCUCUUUGUUCUGAGACUCAAGGAUGCCCUGGUAGCAAACAUAGAUCUUAGAGUAACACUUGUCUCAUCUGUGUUUUCAAGAAGUGCCUCUUUAGACAUAACAAAGGCAAUGCAUUCAAUUCAAUCACAAGCAAAAGCACGUCUCACUGAUCCCAGAAUCAAGGGUAACCAAGAGUUAGAGGAGAAGAUGAAGAAUAACAAUGACACAAAAGUAAGGCCUAACAACAGGGAAGUCAUCAUCACUGUCUAUGUUGAAUCAGAUUCCCUCUCGUAUCAUCCCAUUAAGAAGAUUAAUCCCAACACAAUCUGCAGAAAGCCUCAUCAGACUGCGACAACACGCAUCUAUGAUCGCCGGGCUCAUCUGCUUGCUUAUGCUCAAGAGCUAAGAAAAACUGCUAAUUCCCAACAGGUGCACUGGCCUAAGAAUGGCUCAAAGCCUAAGCACAAGGAGAAAAAUUUGCAACAAAUUAUCAAACUGAAAAUGUAUGUCAUUACUGAGCAGCUAAAUAGAAAUAGGUUCACAACUCCAGUGAGACUCCGGAGACCAAAAGGUAGCAGAGGGAGGUAUCAGCGAUUAGUACCAGAAGUCGACAUACCGUGCAAUUCCAAAUGGAAUAGUUGCAGCAACAGAAAGGCUACCGAAUCAAAAAGGAAUUCGAACAUGAUGAGGAAGUUGAGGUGUAUGCUGAGAGGAUUGAUGCACUGCAACAAAGGUUCCCAAGUUGAACGGAAACAUCAUCAAGCUGAUUGAUCAUCUGGCUUGUUCAAUUUUGUUACUGUAUUAGUGUAUCAGUUAUGGAUGUUGA